CACUCAGAUAGUUCAAAGCUGUCCCUUGUGGAAGAAUAAGAGAACUGGCCAGCUGCAUUAUUUGACACUUAACCCAUACUUGGCAGCAGUAAGAGACACUACUAACAACAGAUUUUUCAAGUCCAAUUUUGGAGUUAAGAAGUACCAGGAUUUUUAAACCAGGCAGUUCAGGAACAGCAAGGAGCAUUAUUCCUGCAUGGAUUUGGAAACAUAUUUUAUAGUUACUUAAUUAAUAGCUUGAAAGGAUACCGGACUAUCUAUAUUGACCUACUCAAGAACAGCACAGUCCAUGUAUUCCAUAGAACAGAAAGCAUCGGAACAUUAGCAGCGAACUGAAUAGACAAAACGACACACAAAAUCAAGGAACUGAAAAUGUACUAGAGAUGCUCAAUUCAAGCAAUACUUCUGGAAACCACUGCAUUUAUAGUGAAAUAAUAAAGAAGCAAGCUCUUCCAGUGGCCUAUGCUUUCAUUUUUCUAGGAGGAAUCCUUUUAAAUGGGGUGGCAGCCUGGGUUUUCCUAUACAUUCCUAGCAAAACAAGUUUUAUCGUCUAUCUCAAGAACAUUGUCAUCGCUGACCUCAUCAUGAGCUUAACGUUCCCAUUUAAAAUUUUUGCUGAUUCAGAAAUUGGACCUUGGCAGCUCAGUGUUGUUGUCUGCCGUUUUUCUGCUGUUAUUUUUUACCUAAACAUGUAUAUCAGCAUAACACUGUUUGGUCUCAUAGGCUUCGACAGAUGCUACAAAGUUGUGAAGCCGCAGUUCGUCACCUCUUUUCACACUGUUCGAUGUAGCAAAAUUAUCUGCGUAGUUGUGUGGGCACUACAAAUAUUUAUAUCAUUCCCUAAUAUUAUUUUAACGGAUCAAAGUCCUACCAAAGACAAUUCGAAGAAGUGUGUGAACCUCAAAAGCACUCUUGGAGUCCACUGGCACACGACUUCAAAUUACAUCUGCCUAGGAAUUUUUUGGAUCGUGUUUCUUCUCUUAAUAGUCUUUUACAGUUCUAUAGCAAGAAAAAUAUAUAUAUCCCACCAAAAAUUCAGGAGAAACUCCAAGCUGACAAGGAAAAAAACCAAUCGGAAUAUUUUCACCAUCAUGUUUGUCUUUAUCAUUUGUUUUGUUCCAUAUCACAUUGGCAGAAUCCCAUACACAUUAAGUCAAACUUCGUCACAGUAUACCUGCCAAACACAAAAAAUGCUGUUCUACAUAAAGGAACUUGCUCUGCUACUAUCUGCUGCAAAUGUUUGCCUUGAUCCUAUUAUUUAUGUAUUUCUUUGCCAACCCUUCAAGGAAAGAUUGUACCAAAAAUUGCACCUUAAGUUGAAGGUAUCUGAGGAAUUAGAAAACUCUAGAUCGAGAAGGUCAAAUGCAAUUUGUGACACAAUAAUUAUUCCAUAAAUUCUGAUACUAAGCUAUUAAAAUAUGCUAAGAAGAUGGGCAAGUGGUUAAAUUAAGACACCAAUUUAAGACUGACCAAUGAAAUAUUUGUACACUGAAUUAUCAAUUAGCAACAUUGCCUCUGGCACGACUGGAUCAUGCACAUGGAUUUUUAUCUCAUACCUGAACCGGACUAACAAAAUGGAUGGCUAUAGCUUACAUAGGAUGGUUGUAUCAGUAUUCUGAAUGAACUGAUUAUUUCACUUGGCUUCUCAAAUCUUUAUUAAUACAUUUGUAUUCCAGACUCAUACAAACAUGAGUAUUAUGUGCAUUAUGUGCUUGAAUUUAUAUCAAAAAUUUUAAAAAAUGUUUAUUUUUCAGAAAAAGCUACUUUUAAAAGAAACAAUCCGAUUUUAGAAAUAUUACUAGAACCAAUCCUUUAUCAGAAUAGUUACAAGUAUAUUUCUGCAUUUCUCCAAUAAAAAAUCCUUCCACUCUGCUUCACCCCUUCUCUUUUGCAAACACGCCUCUUCAAGUAAAAUAGAAUUCUCACAACUUCAAAGGUCCCAUCAGGCAUCCUAGUGACAGUCUAUAUAUAAAGUUAAAUAGGUAAAACAACCUUGUAUCAAGAGGAAUCAGGUGUGGCAUAUAUAGCCUGAUCAAUGCUUUGGGAAGCCAUGGCUUCUGUUCAAAUAAAGGCUGCAGGUGUAAGUUCAGUCCUAAAUCACCACAGCAAAAGGCUGUAACUAUCGUGUCAGUUCGGCAACUGGGACUUACCCAGCAGCUUUGAGGCCUUGUGUAGUAUGCAUCAGAGCAAGACCUACACUGACCAGCAGUUGAUCAUGGGUGGAAGUCUAGAAGACAAGACAUGAAAGGGGGCAAGCUUGGUGCUCAGAGUUAGGCGGGCCAUGAAAACAGUUCCCCUUUACAAGGUGCCAUUUCUGAAUCUCAACAAUAUGGUGCAGGAAAGUUUCAACUGUGUUCAUUUGGAAUUUGUGUAGUAUCUUCAGCAUCAAGGGCUAGAUUUGGUAGAAACUAGAUCAUCAGGGAGUCAGAGGUCUGGCACCCUCUAGUGGUACAUUUGAGAUUCAUCGUCAGCACUGUUGAAAGAAG